AUGAAUAAAGAAAAGGAUAACCAAGAACUAUUAAUAGGAAAGGAUUGGGAAGGAAACCAAAUUCAUAUCCAUAAUAACGAUCUUCACAAAGCAGAAUAUGUUGAUGUUUAGGCUAUGUUAAAUGAUACGCUUGAUAAAUUGGACAAAAUAGAGAAGAUAGAAAUAUUUAUGACGUUCCUCAACUUUACAACGAAAGCUUUGUGUCUCUAUCUUGUCCUGAUUUAUUAUGACACAGUCUUCAAAUAUGAUUCUCUCUUGCUAUUCAGUUAUCUCCUUUAUGCAUUGCUUGAAUUAGUUGCCUUUGGAGCAGCAUUUGCAGUAGUUUUGAGUGCCCGAAUUAUAUCAGCCUUAUUGGGAGUGAACGUAUUCUAUUUAGGUAACACAUACGCUAUGCUUAGACAGCUUCAUUUAUUUACCCAUUUUGUAUUCUGUAUUCAAGUUCUGCUUUGUGGUAACAUUUCUUGUGUAAUCAUUAACCGUUGUGAUCUUUUCUAAGUUUUCACAUUGGAUAUUCCCCUUAGUUCUAGUAUGAUUAGAGAUAAUAAUAAUGAUAGAUAGCCUCACUCUUCGUAACUCUCAUAUUACAAGUUAGUCGAUUGAUCCUGAUGGUUGGAGGGAAGGUUAGUUCCAUUUCGAAGUGUUUUGAUACCAAUUGGAUAUUUAAGAUAUUGGCUCCUGAGAAUUGGUAGAAGGUAUGCUAUUUGAUCCUAUGAAUAAUGCAGAGUUACCAACUCACAAGGAAUAUGCUCUAUCAAUUUUUGAAUAUCUUCGAAGAACUCAAUCCGGAGUACAAGGAAUUCAUUCAGAAAGGGUACAAGUACUAGAAGUAAGUGAUUGAGUUGAAAGAAGACAUCUAAUGGGCGAAGGAUUUCAUCAAAAGAUCCAUAAUAGAAAAUAACGAUGUACCAGGCAAUCCUUCUUCAAACAAAUAAUCUCUUGUCAUAUAAUCAUGA